AUGGAUGCGCGAUUUGCUGCAGGUUUUCCUGCGAUGGCCCAGUGGCAGGUUUCCGCACCAAGAGGCAACGAUGAUCCUUCGAACCUGAAGAUUCGAAGGCUGUUGCCUAGACACUGGUAUGCCACGAAACGUGAACGAGAGCGUUCACGUGUUUUCGCUCUUAGUCCGUUUGCGACCCUCCUGUGUUCUUAUCCAGAAGAGCCGAAGCGAAAUAAGCUCCAGACGGAGAUUUACACGAAUAUCUAA